UCCCAGUUACCUUAGCAACCAGGGGCAGUUUGGAUGAGACAGAUAUGAAUAGGAAAGGGGCUGAAUAGAAAAACUAAUUUAAAAAAAAGUAACCAUAACAAAACUCAAAUUUCCUGACUGUUUGGCAAUGGUCGGCGGAACCCCAGCAACCAACUCACAGGUUCAAUUCCAACCACAAGCCAAAAAAACCCAAAAAACUUUAAUGUGAACUUCCCCUUUAAUCCAUAAGAAGAAUAACUUUUCAGCAAACCCAAGGGAUACCAAAGGGCGUCUGUGUAACCGCCAUACAUUUUGGAUCCCUGUCACAUGUCCGGACGCCGUAAAAGGGGAAUUUUUAUCUAUUACCGUAGGGCCCCAAGCGUCCAAUCGGCUUCUUGCCCUUCCACUUGUUUCUGGACUAUGAUAAUAUAAUGUUUUUUUUUCUCCCUUACUAGUUAAUAUUUCCUACUAACAAACAGGCACUCGUGCAACGCACUACUGGCCAAGCACGGGGCGAACGUCUAUUGAUGGUAACCGUGGAAACCACAAACGGGUCGUCCCAAACCUGCUAACGAUUUCACCAUCGUUAUCUCCCCAUUAGAGAAACUGAGCAGCCGAGCCAGGAUGAGAAACCUGUUACUGGGACUGAUGACCCUUUGUGGGGCAGUGAGCUGGGCGAGUUCAGCGGGCGAGUGCAUCCACGAAGAAACCUACGUCUGCCUCAGCAUCCCUAAAGAUGCAGAUUAUCCCGCAAACAUCACGUCGCUCCUUUUUAUAAAAACCGCCAAGGAAAUCACCGCCUCCCUCUUCACGAACCCCAACCUGAAGUCCGUGCAAAGGCUUAACUUGCCCUUGAACGGGAUAGAAAGCGUCCAACCAGGCGCCUUCCGCGUUUUCGAAAGAUUAAGCAGUUUUGCCCUGUCCGGCAACUUCCUGAAGGCCGUGUCCCCUGAUUGGUUCUACGAGUCGGUCCCUCUGGAAAGCCUGAACGUGACCAAUAACAGCGUCGAGGAGAUUCGCCCGGAGAUGUUGGCCACGUUGUCCUCCCUAAAGAUUCUAGAUUUUUCCGCUAACAGAAUUCGUAAAAUCGGACGUGGCAGUUUCAGCGGCCUGGCCAAGCUCACCGCCCUCGAUUUGUCCAAUAAUCGGAUUUCCUUCCUGUCCGGGGAUGUACUGAGUCCAUUACAGAACGCCUCCUUUAAACUGGGAAAUAACCCCUGGAACUGCUCCUGUCCCCUUAAGGAUUUUGCUGUUUUUUUACAAGAGCUAAGAAAUAGUUCCCGCCUCAAGGAUCCUGAGAAUGUCAUCUGCCGCUCUCCGCCCCCCCUAAAUGGAACGUCCAUUUGGAACGUACCGUUUACCAACUGCUCAUCGACCAAUACAGAGAUACCCGCAACGACAGGGGCGCAGCCGAUAAUUGGAACAGUGUUGCUGGUGAUACUUGGUGGAGUAUUGCUCUGCCUGAUUGUCUGGGUGAUUGUGCGGGUCCUCGCCAAUCGCUGGAAGAAUAAAGUGAGAAAUACAGACGAGCAAAGGCCACGUACAGAUUGCAAUCUACGCCAGAGCUCAGCAGAAAAGACACAGAGUGACUUGUUGGUUGGCCCCGUGAUUUCCCACUCUGGCCUGUACUGCAUCAGGAAGGAGAGCGCAAGUUCAUCAGAGUGUCGACGUGGAAAGACCUUGUGUCUCCUCAGUCAACAUGAAGACGAACUCGCCAAAGUCCGGGGUCGUUCUGACUUAGGACCUCAGUUAAAUACCAGUAGAUCUCUCUGGGGGGAAGGAAUUACCAGAUGUUUAAGUUCUCCAAGUCUGUUUCCAGCUGGCAGUCAGUUACACCAUUUCAAGAACCCCCAGGUCCUCAAUAAACACUUUGCUGGGCAUCCGUGUAGCAUGGAGAUGCCUACAGAUAUUAGUGGCUUGGAUACGCCAAGGGCAGAGACUGAAAGCAGCAAAAACUUAUGUAUGAAGGAAACCCGUGAUCAAGAUGCUCCGUCUGUUGAUGAUAUGGGCUUCAUGGACACUGGAAUGGUUAAAUACAUAGAAACUGAACACUGUCAACAAGAGCAGACCAUGACCUUGACGUGGAAACCUUACCUGAACUUGACGUUAACUAAGAAAAGCAAAACGUGGAGCACUUUCCACGACCUACCCUCCAACAAUUCCCCAAAAAGCAUUGGUGUGACUUCCGGGGAGCCAGAAGUGUCCACCGGUGGCGUUCAUACGAAUAUGCUACCUCAAGCAAGCCACGAAGAUCUGAGAAGAAGACAAUUUAAUGGACAUUAUGGAAGUGCCCCUUACCAGAAGGACUAUUUACCAAAAAAGGAGGUAGUAUACAUUAGACGCAAUGGUUCCAUGCCUAAAAGUCAACUAGAAAAUGGUAUUUUUUCAGUGGUAUGCAUGCCUUCAGCAGAAAAUGAAGACGUCUUCCAGCCAAAGAUUGGUACUGAAGAAGGCAACUUCAAACCAAGCAGUAAAUCAUCUCCACUACCCUUGUGCCACCUUGGUGAUGUCUUUACACCCAACCAAAACAAGCCCAUUAGUUACCUCAGUGGAUAUGAAACUGAUCUGGGUGGUAAAUCAAGUUAUUCGGACCUUAUCAAAAGCAAGAAGAAGACCUUUCCUUUGUUGCAUGACCAACCAGCAAGGGAGAGAUUUUGGAAAUACCAUACAAAUUGUUGUGAUGAGUUCACACCAUGUCCAACAGCUGCAAGAGUUUUGAAGCAGCAGAAACAUGUAGAGGCCAAAUCGUCAGACAAAGAGCCGGCCUUGGCUCCGCCUUCUGACGAGGAGCUUCUUGAAGAGCAAAUUCCACAACCUUCCACGUAUGGUGAAAACAGCCUUAAAUUACAGCCGUCCUUGUCCCCCAAGAAGAAAUGUGUGACCUUGCCCGAUCUGAACAUUUACCAACAAGCUGCACGUGCUCCUCAGAUUUCAGAGUUAGAAACUGCUCGACCAGACCCAGAAACUGCUGAGGCCCUGGCUGAUUCUUCCACCCAAAGCUUCUGUUUAGAACCAACAUCAAAUGAAAGCUUGCAUUCUGAAGUAACCAUGGGCGAUACCAUUCCCCGAGGAACAAGUGAAGGUCCCAUUCAAAAAUUAUAUGACCUAACUGAGAAUACAAAUUAUAACUUGGGUUUAGAGACCUCAAAGCAGAAUCCAAUUCAAACUGUAACUGACAAUACCGUUCAACUUUUGUCUUCUGAAGUUCCAAGUGAGAGGUCAUUUGAGGAUCUCCAGUCAGAAUCCACGGCUGAGAGCACAAUGAAAGACUUGGGUUCAAUAGCCACAACUGAGAACAACAUUUGUAAAGUUAUAAGUGAAUGUUCAGUUGAUACUUUGCAUUCAGAAGUCAUGACUUGUCCCAAAAUAUCUCCUUCAGAAGAAAUAAUUGGGUCUUCAACUGUAGGCUUGCCUAUAGACUCAACGGCUGGUUCAACUCCAAGGGCCAAGCUUUCCAAAGCAGCGACUGUUCCUGCAGCACUUACCUUGUGUUCAACAUCAAUGCUCUGGUCUUCAACUCAAGGUGGACAGUCAGAAAUCAUGCCGUCAAUGGAUCUGUGUUUAAAAGCAAUGACUAGAGGUUCUACUGUGGGUUCUCACCCAGAGGCAAUAACUGUUUCUUCACGUCAUGAUUUGUCCUCAGAAACAACUGGUUUUUCACCAUACGGCUUGUGUUUCAAAGCAAUGAAUUUUCCCUCUGCUUAUAGCUCAGUGACCCAUUCUGUAACUGAUAUCUUGCCUUCAAAAACAAUGGAUGGACCUUCUUUUGUAGGCCCGCAUCCAGAAGCUGGGGAUAGUCCUUCUAAUCAAGUGGUAUGUUCCUCGACGAUCAGUAGUCAUGACUUGAGUUCAAGUGUAGAGUCCCUAGAACUGAAAGCUGACACAGAGCAAUCACAAAGUAAACAAGACACAGAUACAGAACCUCUUGGCCAAAUAGAAAAUCUAGAACUUGAUACCAAGAUCACUCCCCCAGUAGAUAACAACGAAGAUUUAGCCUUGAAAACAGACAGCAACCUGAAACUCAGUAGAGUUGCAUUUUCAGACUCUAGCAUUACUACAAAUAGGAGAUGUUCCCACAACAUUUCUUCUUCAGAUUCAAUACAGGAAGUUUUCAGAUGGGAUGGAAAUACAGAUUACUCUCAACGACCCGAAUCUGAAAUUACAGAUGCUCAAAACUGUUUUGGAAAGAGCAGUGUCCCCAACAGGGGCGAGAAUAUCAAUAUUUAUGAAGCUGAUGUUCUAGACUGUCAUAGGGUGGAGUCUCUUCCAGAAUUUAAAACUGCCAAGCUCAAUGACGACCUACUUAAACCAAACCAUGAGCAAACAGAUAAGAAUAUGGAAGAUGAUCAAAAAAAUAUGGACAUCUGCUCUUCUGAGCACUCGUUGAGUCUACUAGAUGUCCAACCAGAGGACAGGAUAGAUAUGGAGCAAACUACGUACAAAUCCCACAUUAGAAAAGACACAUUUAAUACCAGAAAAGCUUGUAAAAGCAAUGUAGUGGGUCUUAAUAAUAGCCCCUCCCAGGAUCCUGUGAUGUUACCAAUGAAAAAUGACCAACGUCAGAGACGAAAUCCAAAAACUUCCAAGAAACGCAAACUAUGUGAUAAUAUAACUCCUACAAACUGUGAAGAAGUAAAAGACGUGAAAAGUGCCUUGUCAUUUAGGCCUUCCAAAAGAGCUUACCACACAGUAUUUCCAAUAUCAAUGAAUACGUCAGUGGUCGAAGGUCCCAUUGAAGAAGGACACAAGGUGUCGCUCAAAGCAACACCUCCUUCCAGCGAGCUAACCGUUCCACACAUCUUGUGCCCAGAGUAUCUAAGACUUAACCUGCCUGAGGAACUAAAGAAUAAAAUGAUCAGUACUAGAGAAUAUCUAAGUCAUUUGUAUGCCAGAAGACCCAAAAAGAGGCCUGAUGGUUUUUUUGAAGGUGCAACCAUGGAAGAGCAUGGAACAAAUGAUUUCAGCCUCUUAUCCAACCUAAAUUUCUGCAAAGUGAGCGGAAAUGUGAAGAAGGAAGUUCUAGAGCAUGAAGACACUUGUAACAAGCCGGAGACUGAGCCCAUUUUGGUUUCGGUUGAACCAGAUCUUGUAUAUGUGCCGCCUACUAAUGAAGAACUGAGGGCUGAUAGUGAGUUGGCGGUUCUUAAUGUCUUGUGCAAAUUAAAAAAGAGCCUAGAUCUUCCACUUGAUGAGGAGGCCGUGCCCUAGUGACUUCUAGUGAUAAUAACCAUAUUCUAAAAUGAAGGCCUGUACAUUCCCGACCAUCACUCCCCACAUUUUUGAAACAAAAACACAUUAAUAACCUGUAAAAAUAAAUGUUGUUUUUGAA